AGAAGAAGGAUUGCCGGCGUGAACAUCGCUCGCAGUGCAGCCAGGAGCUUCCCCGUGACAUGGUGCACCCCAACGUCAUAUGUGAUGGCUGUGAGGGACCGGUGGUGGGUGGCAGGUUCAAGUGCACUGUCUGUCCAAACUAUGACCUGUGCAGCACCUGUGAGGCUAAAGGCAUCCACAAGGAGCACAACAUGGUGAUGUUUCGGAAUCCACUGCUAAAUCCAUCUGAGUGGCUUCCCCGAGGGCGCUGGCUCCGUAAGAUGCGGCACGGUGUUCCACCUUUCCCAUGGAUGCACUGCUGGGGAUACCCUGGCCCUGCAGCUCCGUGCCAAAACUCUGAACAAGCCCAAGCCAGUGCUGCAGCCUCCAAUCCACCCACUACAGAAGAAGCUUCUACUAACAGCCAGCCUCAGGACCCCAAUGUCACCUUCUUAAAGAAUGUUGGGGAGAGUGUUGCAGCUUUUCUGAGCCCUCUGGGUAUUGAAGUUGAUAUUGAUGUGGAACAUGGAGGACAGAGAAGCAAAGUGACUCCAGCUCCUCCCAAUCAAGAGAACAGCGCUGAGGCAAGCAGCAGUACACUUAACCAGAACGCUCAGACCAAAGCAGACUGGAAUAACACAGAUUCUGCUACAGAAGUAAAUACUGUUGCAGAGCAGAUACAAGACAUGGUGAUAGAUCCUGUGCCCACACAAAUGGAAGAUGGCAGCUUCCAUUCCCAGGAACACAGCGAGUCCAGCAGUUCAUCAGGGGGUGAUGAGGACUGGACCCACUUAUCUUCCAAAGAAGUGGAUCCUUCCACAGGUGAGCUGCAGUCUCUGCAAAUGCCAGAGACAGAGGGUCCCAGCUCCCUGGAUGUAUCUGAGGAUCCUCCCCAUUCAGGACCUACAGGACUGCGAGAAGCUGCACUCUACCCACAUCUCCCACCAGAAGCAGACCCUCGCCUCAUUGAAUCUCUGUCCCAGAUGCUCUCUAUGGGUUUCUCUGAUGAGGGUGGAUGGCUCACUCGACUCCUGCAGACAAAGAACUGCGACAUUGGAGCAGCACUAGAUGCCAUCCAGUAUUCCAAGCAGCCACCUCACUUGUAAUCUGUGUAACAAAAAGCACUUUCCUUCUAACUGAAAGCAAACAACGCAGUACAACUUACUCAGUGGUUCAUCUUUCUUCCUGCUAAGGGUUUCUGUCUCAAUGUUCCUAAGUGCUUGUAGAACGGAGGAAAAAUAAAUACUACUUCCUGU